AACCUCCAUAUGCCAUGGGAGCAGCCCAAGAAAUGGCAAAAAGACAAAAAAAAAAAAUGAUAUGCAGUUAAGUAUAAGUGAAAAAGGAUUCAGUGCAACAAAUGGGAAUUCAAUUUGAAUGGGAAUUCAAUUCAAUGGGAAUUCAAAGUAUGAUGGGAAUUCUGAGUAAGGAAAAACAAUUUCCAGUGGAAGAUGGGAUCUCAUGGGCAAAGAGCUUCUGAGCUCCUCCUUAGAGGCUGGGGAUUUGGAGAAGAAAUGUCCAUGCUGGGUGCACCUGUAGAAAAGUACGUGCUAGAUUUGUGCUGAUAUGAUAGAUAGCCUCUGGCCACACAUCUAUUUAAAUUUAAGUUAAAUAAAAUUAAAAACUCAUUUCUUGUGACAUUUUGAGUGCUCUACUCAAUAGCUGCGUGAGGCUAGGGGCUACUGUACUGGGUAGUGCAGCUCUCUGGAACAUUUCCACAGUCACAGAAAGCCCUGUGAGACUACAGCCCCGUGUUGCUGUAGAUGAAAGGUCAGCCUGAGCAAAGGCAUGAGAGAGGCAGGAAAGUUUGGGAUGGCCGAGUACAGAGUUUUCGGGCCAGACCCUAAGCUGUGAGAAGAGGAGGUGAGACCAGCUAUUUCUGCAAUACCAGGGGGCACAGCAGCCCGCCCCACCCCACACCAGUGCUACUGAGGACAGCUACCAUUCACAGAGUUGUCUGGUCUGAGACCAAUGGCUCUCCCAGCUUCAUGAACAAAGGUUAAAGAUACUUCUCUGGAGCGGUGAUAAGCAUAUCAAAGUCCAUCAACAAUAAACUAGGCGACUUUUUGCGAAGUUCUACUUGAACCUAGAAGCCUGUGUGCGGGUUAAAACAGACUUGGAAACCAGUGAAGUUACCUAAAACAAUUUUGCUGUGAUUCCAGAAGAGGGCGACAGGGCUGCACUGAUUCUCCCACAGGAACUGCAGUGUAAUUCAAAGAGAGGACGGUUUGGAUUUGGAUACCCAUGUUGGCUGUCCAGAAUAUGAAAGCUGGCGUUUUCCUUUUGUGGUGGGGAUGGGUUUUGGCUACUGAAAGCAGAGUGCACUGGCAAAAAAGAGAGGUGCCGGAAAUGUCAAAGAAAGGCAGCCCAAUUCUUAAACGAAGCCCGGAUAUCACCAAAUCGCCCCUGACGAAAUCAGAACAGCUCCUGAGGAUAGACGACCACGAUUUCAGCAUGAGGCCUGGCUUUGGAGGCCCGGCCAUUCCUGUUGGUGUGGACGUGCAGGUGGGCUUGGACAGCAUCUCAGAGGUCGACAUGGACUUCACGAUGACCCUGUACCUGAGGCACUACUGGAAGGACGAGAGGCUGUCCUUCCCGAGCACCAACAACCUCAGCAUGACCUUCGACGGCCGGCUGGUGAAGAAGAUCUGGGUCCCCGACAUGUUCUUUGUGCACUCCAAGCGCUCCUUCAUCCACGACACCACCACAGACAACGUGAUGCUGCGGGUGCAGCCCGAUGGCAAAGUGCUCUACAGCCUCAGGGUCACGGUGACCGCAAUGUGCAACAUGGACUUUAGCCGAUUUCCACUGGACACACAAACGUGCUCGCUUGAAAUUGAGAGCUAUGCCUACACAGAAGAUGACCUCAUGCUGUACUGGAAGAAAGGCAAUGACUCCUUAAAGACAGAUGAGCGGAUCUCACUCUCCCAGUUCCUCAUCCAAGAGUUCCACACCACCACCAAACUGGCCUUCUACAGCAGCACAGGCUGGUACAACCGUCUGUACAUUAACUUCACACUGCGUCGCCACAUCUUCUUCUUCUUGCUCCAAACCUACUUUCCUGCCACCCUGAUGGUCAUGCUGUCCUGGGUGUCCUUCUGGAUCGACCGCAGAGCCGUGCCUGCUAGAGUCCCUUUAGGGAUCACCACGGUGCUGACCAUGUCCACCAUCAUCACGGGCGUGAACGCCUCCAUGCCCCGCGUGUCCUACAUCAAGGCCGUGGACAUCUACCUCUGGGUCAGCUUCGUGUUCGUGUUCCUCUCGGUGCUGGAGUACGCGGCCGUCAACUACCUGACCACCGUGCAGGAGCGGAAGGAGCGGAAGCCGCAGGAGAAGCUGCCCUGCACCUGCGGAUUGCCUCAGCCGCGUGCAGUCCUGCUGGACGGCAGCUACAGUGACGGGGAGGUGAACGACCUGGGCAACUACACGCCUGACAAUGGAGACAAGCCCGACAGGAUGAUGGUGCAGCUGACUCUGGCCUCAGAGAGGAGCUCCCCCCGGAGGAAGAGCCAGAGGAGCAGCUACGUGAGCAUGCGGAUUGAUACCCACGCCAUUGAUAAAUACUCGAGGAUCAUUUUUCCAGCCGCAUACAUCUUAUUCAAUUUAAUAUACUGGUCGAUUUUCUCAUAAAUGCCUGUAAUUCUAUACAUUCCACAUUCUUCUAUAUGUACUACAGAAGCACCUGAAUGUUCAAAAAUAAUUUAAGUUCCCAGGACCCAUCCUUCUCCCUGUUUCCACAACUGCAUUGACAAGGCACUUACUGGUUUAAUGUGCACUGAUGAGCCACCUAUUGUAUACACAGCAUUAUAUUUGGUGCUGCAGGUAGAGAUACUCAGAGCAACUUAUCAGAGUUGUUACUGGGAUCCCCUAGAAAAGCGAGUGGUGUGGGGGUGCUGUAGUUCAACCUCUUUUAGACCCCCUAGAUGCUUAGUCAUAUGACCCAUGUCCUUUACAUAAGUAUCAUUUUAUUCUCUGAACCAAGGGGAACUGGUAAGCAGCUAGAGUUCAUUUACAUGGAACAUACGUACACCUAAAACCCCACUUUGAUCAAAAUUCAUGCUUCAGUUUAUAGCCUCUUACCUAUUUUGUAUGCAUCUCAUGUUGAUUUCAAUAUAAGGCAACAAUAUUCCUUCUUUUUUUUGCAUCUUGUGGUUUCUGAGUUUUCACCUUUUCACAGGAAAAGCUCUUUGGAUUGAUGCAGUGGCUUCUGAUUUGGGUAGGAAUUUCCCUGUCAGGGAAACUUUGAAGAAGAGCAUAUAUGCAUGCAUUUUUGUCAGUUUUGUCAUAGAGGUAACUUGCCUAGAAAACUUGUGUUUGUAAUCACUGAUUCAUGUGUCUUCACCUUGGAGCAUGUCCAAGAUCAUAGUGAAGUCCUUUCUCACUAAUGUGACAUCUUCACUGAGGAACUUGGGAAUAGACUGAUUUUUUUUCAGCAGAAACAUUUCAAGGAAAUGCAUAAUUUGGGACUACCUGUAACUUGUUAGGAUGAGAAAUAUCCAUAUGCUUUCUGAAUAAAAAACAAAAACAAAAAAAAAAACCACACACACCAAAAGGAAAAAGACAUGUCAACAUAUCACUAGACAUCUCCAUUUAUACACAGUGAAUAACAGCAUUUUCUAGGAACCAGAAAGCAGUGACCACUGAUGUCAGGGCAUGGGAUAAAGAAGAGAGUUCUAACUUAAUGUAUUAUUUUAAAACAAAUAGGUUAGUUGUAGAGUUCCCAUUGUGCACAGUGGGUUAAGGAUCUGGCACUACUGCAGCUGUAGCCCAGGAACUUCCACAAGCCAUGGGUGUGGCCAAAAAAAGAAAAAAAAACCCAAAAUAGUUAUUUAUAACUAUAUAUCUACAGGAUCGACUCCCACCAAAUUUAUCCAAACAGCAUUUCUUUCAAACUCAACUGAAUUCUACACACAAUCAUUUUCAUUCUAACAUUUGACUGAUCACCUAUGCUAAAUAAUAAUUGUUAUAUUUCCAGAAAACUUAAUUUCAAGAUAAUCUUCCAUUUCCCCCAAUAAAAGCUCAACAAAAAAAAAGUUUUUUUGGUUUUUUUUUUUUUGGCCAACUUAAG